AUUGUUGAGCCCAGCUGUAUAUAUUAUGAACCGUUUUUCGAAAGGGGUUUGUUGCAUUUAGUACAUUGGAAUGAGUUGGAGUAAAGCACCUGUUGGUCUGAGCCAGUUAUUUUCCACCAUGACAGUAAAUAAACAGUCCACCUGCUAUCAGUUAGCUCAGUGGUUGAGGCUUGGGAAAAGAGAGAGUAAAAUGGGCGGUACCUUUUGCUUCAGGGAAGGACAUACAUCUCACAUCUGUUUCCGUUUCACACCCAGCUUGCCUCUGCUUGUGUGCGUAUGUUUCUAUUUGAGAACUAAUGUGUUUUUGGGCUUUAUGGGGCUGGAUCACCUCCUUGGCAGACCUGAAUCUAUGGUUGCAGAGAGAAGCAGAUGACAAAGGAGUGCAUGAUGGGACAGGUUUACCAUGGAGAAGGAACGUGGGCCUUUAGCUGCCUCACUGGCGUAUACAAGGAGGACGAUCUAGUACGCAGUCGCCUAAAACAAUCCACAAGAACAAAGGUCUGACAUUCCAUCGGUCGUAUAGUGUCUGAAGAAAAUUAAAGGAGGUAGGAGUUCUCUACAGAUGAAUCAGUCACAGAAACACAGGGAAGCACACUGGACGCCAUGACGGAGGAGAGUGAAGGAAUUUUACGAUUUCGACUUUCUCUCGAUGAACAUUGACAAGUCCACUUAAAGCCCGCCGUGCUCAGGGGAGAGAGUCCCCUGAUAUGAACCCCAAGUCCUUGGGAUCUCAAAGGCAAAUGCCCUUAUGCCAGGGCCUGAGUUGGUCUUCCACCAUGUCAUGGUAGCAUUGUACGCCAAAAAUCAACCCUUGGAAAAAAAAAAUCAGAAACUGUAGACUUGAACAAUGCAAGUUGUCUAACACCAAUCUGACAGAAAAAAGCUUCCUCUAGUCUCUGCUCAACUAUAUCAACACAUAUUGUUUACAUUGCAUACUUUUUAUAGCUAACUCUCUCACUCCCUGGGAUUACCGACUCAAGUCCAGGUACAGUCAACCAUGGGGUGCCGGCAGAGUUCGGAGGAGAAAGAGGCCGCCCGACGCUCACGGCGCAUCGAUCGACAUCUCCGCUCAGAAAGCCAGCGGCAGCGGCGUGAGAUCAAACUUCUGCUGCUCGGCACUAGCAACUCUGGCAAGAGCACCAUUGUGAAGCAGAUGAAGAUCAUCCACAGUGGAGGAUUCAACCUGGAGGCAUGCAAGGAAUACAAGCCUCUCAUCCUCUACAACGCCAUCGACUCACUCACACGCAUCAUUCGUGCCCUCGCCACCUUGAAGAUCGACUUCCACAACCCAGAUCGAGCUUACGACGCAGUGCAACUCUUUGCCCUCACCGGGCCUGCUGAGAGCAAGGGGGAGAUCACACCAGAGCUCCAGGGCGUGAUGAAGCGCUUGUGGGCCGAUCCAGGGGUCCAGGAGUGUUUCUGCCGCUCCAAUGAGUACCAUCUAGAGGACAAUACUGCCUAUUAUCUCAACGACCUGGACCGCAUUUCUGCGCCAGAGUUCAUCCCAACCGUUGAGGACAUUCUGCGCUCUCGUGACAUGACCACUGGCAUUGUUGAGAACAAAUUCACCUUCAAGGAGCUCACCUUCAAAAUGGUGGAUGUGGGUGGCCAGCGUUCAGAAAGGAAGAAGUGGAUCCACUGUUUUGAGGGUGUGACUGCCAUUAUAUUCUGUGUGGAGCUCAGUGGCUAUGACCUCAAGCUUUAUGAAGACAACCAGACGAGCCGUAUGGCAGAGAGCCUGCGUUUGUUCGAUUCCAUCUGCAACAACAACUGGUUCACCAAUACCUCACUCAUCCUCUUCCUCAACAAGAAGGACCUGCUGGCCGAGAAGAUCAAGCGUAUUCCGCUGACGGUCUGCUUCGCUGACUACAAGGGCCAGAACACCUACGAGGAGGCGGCGGUGUACGUGCAAAGGCAGUUCGAGGACCUCAACCGCAACAAGGAGACCAAGGAAAUCUACUCACACUUCACUUGCGCCACUGACACCAGCAACAUCCAGUUUGUGUUUGACGCGGUGACGGACGUGAUCAUCCAAAACAAUCUCAAGUACAUUGGAUUGUGCUAGGACGAGGGGACGGGGGAGAGGGGCGACAGGCACGGCAAAAGUAAAACCCUUUGGCGAACUAUGAGGCUCACCUGUCAACGAUCUCAAAAACGCUUGUUGAAACUGGAAACUCAGAUGAGGCCCAGAGGAAAGGGCUACAUGCUGCCAUCCUGCUAGAUUUAUCAAUGUCAAAACGUAAAAGGUCAAGAAGGAUUUAACAAGGUUGGUAUAAAUGUGUUUGCACUGAACAUACUGUAUGACUAUGUAGAAACACACACAGACACACACGCAUUGUUACGUUUGUUCACACACAACGGACUUUGGGAUCAGUUGUCAUGCACAUGUUUAACAUGGAAACACUGGAAAAAGAUAUAGGCUACCUGCUCAUCUCUUCCAUUAGAAACAGCAGGAAUAAAGAUACCAUACAUGAAAGGGAUAGUUCACCCCCCCCCCCCCCCAAAAAAAAAGACAAAAAGUCAUCACUUAUUCUUAUCAUUUACAACCUGUAUGACUUACUACUUUUCUUCUAUGCACAUGUUGAGCAGAAUGUCCAUGCUUUUCCAUGCAACGACAGUGAAUGGUGAAACAUAAAAGUACCAUAACUUAUGACUUGUGUGCUUAUUCUUAAGGAAUAUGACCAUAUGCACAUGUUCAAAUUUGGUGCAUUGCAACUGGUUUAGACAUGGUUUUCACAUUCCAGUUCAAAUAAUCAAGUGCAUUAGAUGUGCUUUAGUAUUAAAGUCAGCAUCAAAAUAAGUACAAGAUUAAAGGUUUAAUAAAACACAAUAAAUUAAAAUCUACUUUAAAGUAAAAUUUUAAAUUUGAUAUUAAUACAAAGUGCACGUUUUAAAAGUGUACUCAAGUGUAUUAAGCAACCUAGUUAUGAAAGUACUCUCUUCAAGCAAAUGUGCGCUUAAGUGACCUUUUAUUUAAUUAAUUUUAUAUUAUCUGCAAGUAUUUUUUUUUAAAUAUACAGUUAAGAUUUGAAGUAAACUACAAGUGCACAUUCAAGACAAUUAAGUGCACUUUGUUUUCACAAGAGAAGAAAAGAUUAAUUUACAAUUUUUGUCAUCUGAAGAAUAAGUGAGUGUUUUCUUAUGCAAAAAAAAAAAAAAAAGUGGUUGCCGAGGUGUUGCUAUUUGGUUGUUAGGGUAUUCUGGGAAUUGAAUUUGUGAAUGUUAUCUUGGUGGUUUCUAUAUUGUCUCUAUUUGUCCCUCAGGUUCCUCUUUCAACGCAAAUAACAUUUUUGGCCCAUUUCAUUGCCCAGCAAUGGAAGAUUGUAAUUUCUAUGGUCUAUGUUCUAUGGUCUUGAUGUGUCAUAUUUGAAUAUACUUAUUUGAGAGCUGCAAUGGAGAAUCAGCGAUAAACGACUUCGAUUUUAGUGUUUUCCUCACACAAAUCUAUUGCAUGACUUCAUAAAGCUUGGAAUAUAUAUAUAUAUAUAUAUAUAUAUAUAUAUAUAUAUAUAGACUGCUUUUAUAGUACUUUUUGGCAUUUUUUAGCACUUAACGACCACUAGUCACCAUUCACUGUCAUUGUGUGGAAAAGAGCGUUCUGAUAAAUAUCUAUUUGAAUUCCACAGAAGAUAUGAAGUCAUAUAGAUUUAAAGUAUGGGUGAAUUUAAAGGGGAACCAUUCCUUUGAAUUUUGUCUUUCUUUUUAAGGUCUUUGAUUUGCCUUUUGGGUAUGAUCUAAAGCGUUUAUUUGAAAGUAUAAUUGUAUAUGAGAGGGUAAAUGGAUCCUAAGAGAAAAAAACUAAACAAAAAACAAAACGAUGUCAAUUGGUUUUGCUUCAAAAGGUGAAAUCUGCCGCUGUCUGAAUAUGGAGUCAAAUGGCUUUUUACUCACACUCACACCGUAAUUUAUUUUUGGCUGUCUGACCCCUAGGAAGCAAUCUAUUUUCUUGUUUCUUUUUAUUCUGUUUUCCUUUAGCCUAAAAUAGGAUGUAAUCCAGAGUUUUUAGAGCAAGCGUCCUUCUUUCCAUGAGAGUGUUACACUGACGUGAGCAUUGACGUGUUUCAUAACGAUCAUUCCAGAUUCAAAGAAAAUAAACAGUGCCAAUAUUAAUGUAAAUAAAAAAAGGCCCGGCAAUUAUGUUACUUUUUUCGGUUUCUAUGGACAGAAAAGUAUAUAUAUAUAUAUAUAUAUAUAUAUAUAUAUAUAUAUAAUAUGCAUGAUUUUGUUACUUUGGGAUUUUGAUAAACUAUAGUUUGAUCUCUUUCUUAUAUUUUUAGUUUUACUAACAUGCUCCAAAAAUAUAUCAAAGUCAAACAUUGUGUACAGUUGUUUCCUGAGAGGUAUUUAUUGAAGAGAGUUUUAUGUGCAGAAAGAGUCAUUUUAUGUCCGGCGCAACCUAAACUCAGCACGGAAACCUUAAAAGAGGAUUCACUCCUCAAAUUUUGUCUGUAACAGAAAAAGAGAGGAAGAGAGAGAAAAAGAAUAUCUAUAAAAGAGCAGAAUCUUUUUAUCCUGGUGUCAUUUUGAGUGGACGUGAUCCACUGUAUGUGUAAAUACUAUGUGAGGUACACUUUGUGAGACAAUGCAAAAAAAAAAAAAAAAAAAAAGAGAAAAAAAAAAAAGAAAUCCCUUUUUAAGACGUAGGGCUGAUUGACAUAUAAAGGGGUCCAGCACCCGCUCCAGUCCUCCUCCUGUUCUGCUAUGAAGAUGUACAACAAACCCAAAUAAGGGCUUCAAGAUUGAUUUUACAGGAUGUCCACCAAAAAAAAAGAAAAAGAAAAAAAUAAUAAAGUUUAAAA